AUGAUUAAGUUUUUUAAAAAAUAUAUGCAAAGAAACACCUUGAUUAACAGACGGUCACAAACCAUAACUGUCAUGUGUCAUAACCCUCAUGAAAUCAAUUUCUGGAAUGCUUGGUUUUACUUGUUUACUUCUUUGUUUGUGUGGAAUCUUCCACAUUUUGAAAAUUUAAAUUUUUAA